AUGCAACCAACCCCCGAACUUAGAUCAACCGCACAAGAAGCGAAUGAAGACCAUUGGAUGCUGGCUGCGUCAGAGCUACCCCCAGGUUUACCAGACUUUCAAAACCUUCCGCCAAACUCUUCUUCUGACUUAAUAACCUCCAACCAAGCGAAAGUAGACGACCAGCCUUCUGGGUCGUGGAGCACGAGCACUCAGCAGAUACCUCAAAGGCGAAGGAGCUUCAAGACCACUCAUUCGAGAUCGAGGUCAAGAUCGUUGAACCGCAAAGAUCGAAAAGCCAGAAGCAACGGUUCGAAUGAGAACAUCAUCGAAAGGUCAAUCCCAUUGCGCAGUAAGAACAGCGUUGUCGAAUCAGGGGCGACUGAAAGACGACGCCAUGGAUAUUAUGACGUUGAUGAGUAUGACCGCAAGUUUCACCAAAUAGUUCAUUCCAAGGCGAAGGCUCUCGCAUUGGAGAGGAAUCCGGUAUUGGCCACUCAUGGGCUAUCGGUGCUGGUAUGGCAGGGGCUGCUCUUGGAGCUUCUGGUUAG